CAACCACACCGUCGCAUCAUAAUCGUAUUCCUCCAUCUCCGCGGUCCCGUAUCCAUCAGGGACUGUUUGCGCAUCGAGGCUCGCAUUUCCACCGCAACGAAGAAGCAGACCACGUCGUCCUGCCUCCAACCUCCUCCUUCUUCUUGCACCUCGUCUCCCUCCAAUGGCUCCCUCUACAUUCGCCUCGGCUGCUGCCGGCAACAGUAACAGCAAUUCGCAAGGUCCUACACGUGACGCUGCCAGCGACUGGUCACGUAGAAUGAACGGCGCGACACAGACAUUCCGUAGACCAUCUGGCGCAACCGCCACUCCCUCCACUGUCCAGCAGCACGACGGCCCUCCUGCUCCCCGCUAUGUCCCGCCACAUCGGAACGGCACCCUUCCUGACACGCGAUAUAACAAAGAUCAGCUCUUCGAAUCGUUCAGAGUCCAGCAGUCGCUAGACGGAGGCCUGUCUGACGGGCUGUCAGAGCUGUUUGUGGGUGGCUUCAAUCCAGACAUGGCAAAUGGGGGCUCAGCGAGCUGGGGCCGGAACGAGUACACUCGAGACCCUCCGCCUGGUCCGGACGUCUGCUGGGACAGAGAUACUUCUCAUGAGCCUCUUGGAAUGCAAGAAAUGGACGACGAGGAAAGAGAGUACUUUACAACUUCUGUCAACACGCCCAUAAAGCCUGCAAGUAAGGAAAAUCAUUCAAACGGCAUGCCUGGACGUAAGAUUAGUAUCUCGAACAGUGCGACGACUCCUGGAGCUUUUGGACCUCUGUCGCCAAAUGUGUCUCGUGGUGGCGCGCGACGUCGGGACACCAGUGAUUCGUAUCCAUUUCCGCAGAACAAUGUUUCUUCUCCUGGUGGCUUCCACCGCGACGAUGGACGCGCUACUUCGCCCCCACCCUCGCUCCUCCGCAGGCGCACCGACCUGAACAAGCCUGAAGACAAGGACGGCGAGGAGAAAGGGUCAGCAGGGACACCUUUCGGGACGCUAAAACGGCACCAGAUUGGCCCUCUUUCUGCCCAAUUCCCUGCACCGGCUUCGCCGUGGACAUCUGGCCCACAAAGCGCUGGCUUGUCACCCAUGGGCUCAUUUGGCAACUUCGGUCUGGGAAGCAACAUUGGACAGCCUGGAACACCCACUGACAAGAGGCCUGGACUUGGCAGUGGGAGGUCUGAGAGCAGGUUCAAGAAUGUCAUGAGUAAAGACGGGGAGGAAAGCGGGAUGAAGACUGUCGAAAGGAAGACGAGUAUGUCUAGUCUGGCAAGAGUCAAUGAGAAUGAGUCGUGGCGGCCUGGAGAUCGCAUGGACCCGGCCAACGACUUUUUGGACGAAACUGAGGAGGACUUGCCUACUGGAAGUGCUGCACUUGCUGCUGAUGCGGAUAUAAGCCCUCCACACCAACGACAAGGGUAUCGCGGCUACGGGACCCCUAGUCGCCAAGGCACACAUGACGAUUUCGGAUUCGGCGCCUUUGGCAUGACUUCCGACAGCACCCACGCGUUCGGACAAGGAUUCCAUCCUGCCAGGGAAGCAUUUCACCAGACUCCUGCACAUCAGCGUGUUGGUCUGCAGCCAGAGGGAGCCAAUGAUCCCAUGAGUCCGACCACCACCAAUCCAUACCAGUCACCAGAACAACAUGGCAUCGAUCGUUCGACCGAAGAUACCGGAAGCGAGGGCAAUGACUUGCAGAACAGCCACUUGCCCGGUCUUGGGCAAUUCAACGUAGACCCAGGUCAGCAACUUGGAGGUCUGGGAGGAAUCACCGCGCUUCCGAAUCUUGGUCGUGCUCACGUUCAAGGCCCAGCCAGCGACCGCAGCCAGACCUCUAGCGUUGGUCCUCAUCGCGCUUUUUCCGGCCUUGGAGGACUCAGUGGUCUCGGUAGCAUUCCCAACAUGCCAGGAUCAGCGGGAUGGCCUGUGUCGCAAGGUGGUCUUGGGACGCCAAGCAGACAAACUGCUGGUCUGUCUAACGCUUUUGGAGGAGGCAUCUUUUCCAAUCAGAUGUUGGAUUUGCAGUCACCGGGACUUGCUGGACUUGGUGGUGCUGGAUUGAUGAGUCCGCAAGGUGGAUCAUUCGGUGGCAGCAGAAUGGCCAGCAUGUUUCCGCCUCAAAUGCAGGAGCAGAUGCAGCAUCAAAAUCGAGAUGGAAGCAACGAAAAAGCUGCGCAACCUUUCGGUGGGCUGGGCGAAUUUGGUCGCUCGACUGAAAGUCCCUUCGCAAAUCAAGGCUUCAAUGAUCUUGCAGCAAAGGGUCAACAUGAUCCAAACGAGCUUCAGCGUCAGCAGGAGCAGCCUCAAACGACCGGCCAAAAUCAGCCCCCUGGCAGUUCUGCGUCGAAUCUCCCUCCUGCGCCACAGCAAAAGACGAUGGUCAUGCCAGAUCGUAUGCGAUGGAUCUACAAGGACCCUCAAGGCCAGACCCAAGGUCCAUGGUCUGGCUUAGAGAUGCAUGACUGGUACAAGGCAGGAUUCUUCUCCCCAGAACUUCUGGUGAAGAAGUACGAGGAUCUCGAUUACGAGCCUCUCGCGCAGCUUAUUAGGAGAAUUGGGAACUCUCGUGAGCCUUUCCUUGUCCCGCAGAUUGGCAUUCCGCACGGACAGACUGCUCCAAGUGGCCCUGGUGCAUGGCCUGGUUCGAUUGGAUCUUCUGGCUCUGCACAACCACCUUUCGCAUCCAGCUUCCCAAGCUUCGGCACCACCUUGACUGCGGAUCAGCAGAAUGCCCUCGAGCGUAGGAAGCAAGAGGAGCAGUAUCUGAUGGCUCGUCAGAAAGAGCAUCUCGCCCAAGCUCAGAUUGCGCAGCGAAUGCAGAUGCAAAGCGGAGGUCACCCUGGCAUGGUUCCUGGUGGUCAGCUGCAUCACCAUAGCAGCGCUCAUAGUCUGCAGUCUCAGCCAAGCUUUGGAAGCAUCACAAGUCCAGCUGCUGGCUACCAACCAAGCCCCAUCCAAGGACCAACCUCAGCCGGACAAGGUCAGCAGCCGCAGGGAUUCUUUGAUAAUUCCUUCCGUCAGCCUCAAGGAAGCGCCUUGGGCGCGGUCGGGGCGCCAUCACUUGGUCACAUUCGCGAGGAAGAGAUUCCAAGCAUGAUGGACCGUAUGGAUCUAGGUACUCGACAGCAGACAGGUCAAUUCGGUGCUCCAGGCCAGCCAUUCCCGGGCCAACAAGGCCAGCAGCAGCCACAGCUGGAUGCGCAUGAAGGCAAGGUUCAGCAGAUGCUGCAUGACCGUAAUCGCUUGCAACAGGAGCAAGCCGAACAUGACGCACGACAAGAAUCGAACGACCAGCAAGAUGCUCAAGCUUCAGCGGAGCGACUUCAGCACUUCCACCAGCUGCAAAACGAAGCGUUGCAACAGGCUCAACAUCAGAUACAGGAAAAGUCAAUCAUCUCUCCCGCUCAACACGAUACAUCUGCGACUGAAAGCAGCGUUGGCUCUCCAGUACCAUCGGCGCACGCAGAGCAGCAACGUGCGCAAGAACCGCUGUCUUUGACCGAGCAGGUUCAGAAGGCUGCUUCCGCUAAGCAUUCUCCAGCUCCACAACAGCCUGGCUUCCCUCUGCCAUUCCCACCUCCAGCACUAUCUCAAUCACCACUGCCAGCGCCUUCCGCUCAGCGCACUGGUAGAGCAUCCGUUGCAGAUCAGCUGCAAACUGAUGCACGUGAUGCCUCCCAAACACCUUCGCUAGACACUCCAAGUGCUACAAUUGCUCCCUGGGCCAAGGAACCAGCUGAAGCUCCCAAAGGUCCAUCUCUCAAGGAGAUUCAGGAGGCUGAGGCGAAGAAAGCUGCCGAGCAGGAAAAGAUGGCUCUUGCUGCCAAGCGUGCUCAGCUUCAGCACGAGCGAGAACUGGAAGCACAAGCGCAGGCUGUUCCAAUCCAGCCAGGUAUUCCUGCGUCCGCGACCUGGGGUGCGCCAUCUCCAGCUACUCCCACCGGCUCCGGACCAGCUGCCUGGGCAAAGACCGCGCCAAAGUCGACUGGCACAACAUCAUCCAAGACGUUGGCACAGAUUCAAAAGGAGGAAGAGGCUCGGAAGCGAAAACAGGCCGCUGCUGCCGCUUUGCAGGCACACGCCAAUGCUAUGAACGUUGUGUCUAGCCCUGCAGGCGGCAAGAGCUAUGCCAAUCUCGCAGGCAAAGUCUCUGCUACAACAGUCCAAGCCAGUGCUGGGGGCAGUGCAUGGACUACUGUUGGCGCAAGUGGGAAGACCAAGACUCCUGCGCCUGCGCCUCCAGCAAGCCGGGCAGUAAGCUCAGGAGUUGUGCCUACUGUUGCAGCUCCAACCGCGCGUAAGAUGACAUCUCGCAGCACGACCUUGGGUACGCCUGGCGCCGUAAAUGCACAAGAAGAAUUCAAGAAGUGGGCUGUCAACGAGCUCCGGCCAGACCUCAAGAAGAGCUUCAAUGCUGAGGCCUUUGUCGCCGAGCUUCUUCAGUACCCUCUCGAGAUGGACCUGCUCGUUGAUGCUGUUCACCAAUCCUCGGAGACUAUCGACACCCGCCACUUCGCCGAAGAAUGGAUUCGCCGCAAGCGCCUGGCCGACAAAGGUCUCGUCGAUAACAGUAUGCCAAAGACAUCAAGCCCGGCGAAUGCUAGUUCUAGUGCUGGUGGAUGGAGCGAGGUCGCCAAGAAGGGUCCUUCGAAAGAACAGGCUAAGGAGGAAGCCAAUGGCAUGUUUAGAGUUGUUGCCGCUAAGAAGCGUGGUGGCAAGAGAUGAGAUCAUUUUUACAAGCUCAAGAUGUCUCUCGUUGGUGGUAUGUCUGAUGAUGCAGAGCGAAGCACGGCAUGUACAAAGAUUCUUGGCGGAGCAUUAUGCUCAAACACAUUGUUCGGAAAAACAUUCAUUGUAGUGUAGGAUAGACGAGGACUCAAUCAACAAAGUCCUGUGCUGUGGU